AUGUCCUACUUCUUCUCCACCCCGGUCGACAUCGACAUUGUCCUCGAGGACCUCGACGACCGCUCUGCCGUCGACGUCAAGCUCGACAAGAACCGCAAGGAGAAAGUCCCCCUCUACCUCGACGGCGAGUCGGUCAAGGGCCAGGUUACCGUCCGCCCCAAAGAUGGCAAGCGCCUCGAGCACACCGGCAUCAAGGUCCAGUUCAUUGGCACCAUUGAAAUGUUCUUCGACCGCGGAAACCACUAUGAGUUCCUCUCCCUCGGCCAGGAGCUAGCCGCUCCCGGCGAGCUGCAGCACCCCCAGACCUUUGACUUCAACUUCAAGAACGUCGAGAAGCAAUACGAGUCGUACAAUGGCAUCAACGUCAAGCUGCGCUAUUUUGUCCGCGUCACCGUCUCCCGCAGAAUGGCCGACGUGGUUCGCGAAAAGGACCUCUGGGUCUACUCGUACCGCAUCCCCCCAGAGACAAACAGCUCCAUCAAAAUGGACGUCGGCAUCGAGGACUGCUUGCACAUUGAGUUUGAGUACUCAAAGUCCAAAUACCAUCUCAAAGAUGUCAUUGUAGGCAGGAUAUACUUCCUCCUCGUCCGAUUAAAGAUUAAGCACAUGGAGCUGUCCAUCAUUCGGCGAGAAACAACGGGCGCGCCUCCGAACCAGUACAACGAAAGUGAGACCCUGGUCCGCUUUGAAAUCAUGGACGGUUCCCCCUCUCGAGGUGAAACAAUUCCAAUCAGGUUAUUCCUUGGCGGCUUCGACCUGACCCCCACCUUCCGCGAAGUCAACAAGAAGUACUCGACCAGAUAUUAUCUCAGUCUAGUACUUAUUGACGAAGAUGCGCGACGAUACUUUAAGCAGUCCGAGAUUGUACUCUUCCGACAAGCACCCGAGGGCCUCACAUUGGCGCAGGAACAGAACAAGUUGAUGGCGGUAUCAUGA